AUGACACAUCGGCGCUGUUGGUUCGGUGAAUACACGUGCGAUAGCGGCCAAUGCAUUCAGGCCUAUGCCGUAUGCAAUGGCAAAAACGAGUGCUCAGACGGUAGCGAUGAAAAGCGAUGUCUUCCCACAGAUUUCGUCCGUUGCGGGUCCGGUAGUCUUAUUCACAGAAUAGAAGUCCUCAGUAAACAAUUGCCUGCUUUUGUUAUAUAA